ACAUAGAUCUCCUUGACUAAAAUUAUUUUUGUUCCGAAGAAAACACUGCUAUGGGGAAAUGCUAAUUUAGCGAGUGUAUUUAUUCCUCUGUAUUUAUUUUUGGAUACUAAUAUGAACUUGAAUAAACGAAAAGAGAAGUAGGUCUAACGGGAGGGCCUCCUGCUUGGCCAGCUUGCAGUCUGUGAGUUGUGACGUGGCUGUCCUCUCAUUGGUCAAACCGCUUUCCAGUAUUUUCUGGUGCCUGGCUAGCCUGGCUUCAUCUUCAGAUGCCUGGAGUGGUCAGAAGCGACUGCCUCUCCCUCUGGCCGUCCCUCCGUCACUGCUCCUGGGCCUCUGCUGUUUCUAGACAUGGGUUGGCUCCAGAACUUUCUCCUCUUCUCAGCCCUCAGCCUCAUCAACAGCUCCUCAGCAGCAGGUGAGGGCUGUAAGGAGUAUGGCCUGCAGUUUGAGCGGUCAUUCUCAGUCGUAGGGGAGGCUGCCAUGUUGAACUGCACCCUGGUAGCCCCUGAGGUGUUUGACUUUUGGAAUGUCUCCUACAACAUCCACUGGUACAGCGAGGAGACACUGGAGCUGGGCCAGGCUACAGAACGUACUCUGGUGAGGGGCACCACUCUGUGGUUCCUCAAUGCUUCGCUGCAGGACACAGGAAAAUACUUGUGUGUUGUGAGAACUCCAACCCAGUGUUUCUCUCUGACCACCUCACUGAUCGUGAACCAAACCAACUCACACUGUGACCAUCCAUAUAAAUUUCCUCUGACCCUGACCAACUUGGUCAAUGACAAACUGGUCUGUCCAAUGAAGGACCAGUUAAAUGAAAUAGGAGAUUUCUACUCCAUCCAGUGGUACAAGGCGAUGCCUGAGGGCUGUGAGCUCAUUGAAAACAAAAAAAAGUAUACCUACAUUCGUGGGGGCCAGGAUCUGAUGCUGGCAGGGGUCCGACCCGAGGACAGAGGCUUCUACACCUGCACCGUCACCUUUGACCUUGGUGGGGUGCGCAGAAGCAUGUCAGCUACCAUCGAUUGUGGGGUGAAAGAGGAAUAUGUCCUACUUCCUCGAAUAGUGGAGCCUGUUAACGAGGUGGUCAAGGCAGAGUUGGGCUCGUCCUUCAGCAAGGUGUGUUAUGUAUUUGUGCCGUGUGUGGGGAAACAUUCUGUGGAUGUGUAUUGGCUAGACAAGGUUGCUGACGAAUACUUCGACAAUAACGCCAACAACAGAGUCUACCACCAAACACAGCCGGACCAGAGACAGGUUGACGGGGAAAAAGGGGUGUGGCUGAAUCACCUGCUGACAUUCUCUGAAGUGAAGCAGGAAGACUUCUAUGUCAACUACUCAUGUGAAGUCUACAGUUACCGUGGUAGUGUGGAGGCACAGUUUACACUCCUACCCGCAGAUCCCAACCUGAUGCUUCCUGUCGGCCUGCUGUUAGGCUGCCUGGCUCUGAACUUCACUGCUGCUGUGGUCUUCUACUACCUGUUCAAGAUCCACAUUGUGCUCUGCUUCCGGGGAGUCUUCCCUUUCCUCUACAAAAGCCCAGAUGCUGAUGGGAAGCUGUACGACGCCUAUGUGGCGUAUCCUCGGCUGCUCCCUGGAGACAGAGCCAACAAGGAGGUGGAGGGGUUUGCCCUCCACACGAUGCCCCAGGUGCUGGAGGGGAAGUGUGGCUACAAACUCUUCAUACCGGGGCGAGACAACCUACCAGGGGAGGCUGUGGUAGACUUGGUGGAGGAGAGGAUACGGGCCAGCCGGCGUCUCCUGCUUCUCUAUUCCGCCUCUGCAUUCAGCAGCAGUGAUGUCAGCGCUGUCUCUGAGGCGUGGCAGCAUUGGUACGAGCGAGAGACGGCCAUGCACCACGCCCUGCUGGAGGGCAGUCUGCGUGUGGUGCUGCUGGAGCUGGAGGAGCUCCACCCCGCCCAACUGGCCGUCCUCCCACCCUCGCUACGCCAGCUACGGAAGAAGCAGGGCGUCGUUCGUGUCCGUAAGAACCACACGGCCCGCAGGACCACCAGGAGGCCGGGGGGGUGGAGUCUGGCAAGUGGGGAGGAGGCGCGGCAGGAGGGGGUGCAAGGCCUGGUAACACCCCCUCUGUGUCCGUCGUCACGGUUUUGGAAGGAGCUGAGGUAUCACAUGCCAGUCAGGGGCAAGAGGAUGCCAUGUUCUGAAAGGAAAACACUGGGGAACGUGUAAAUCUCUGUAAAAAGACUGUAAUGUAAAAAGAAAUAUGGAUGGAUUGGUGAACGGAGGGAUAAAGGAAUUAAUUAAUGGAUGGAUAAAUGGGCAUUCAGACAGCCUUUCACCCUGUAGAUUCCUGGACUACCAAUUACUAAAUCUGUAUUGGAUAUCAGUCACAAACCUGUAGGCCUACUUUCUUCCCUAGAGAAGGACUGUAGACUCUCAGCUGCAUGGUUGCUGGGUGUUAUGACUUUCUGCAUCAUAGACUGUCAAUGACAGGUGGUGUCAAUAUAAGUGUCCACACAAUAGAUCUGUAACACACACUCUACCACUGUAGUGCAUCUCUACUGUUGUAAAUAAGGUUAAGCAACAGUUAUGUAAUAAAGACUGUACAUAGAUUCA